CAGAUCUUCCUUACUCUAAGGCUGGUACUUUAUCCAAGAAAUAUACUUCAUGACAGCCUGAGGUGACCCAAAUACCUAUCUUUAUCACUCCAAGUGACUUAGCUACCUAAUACCUAUUCAGAUCCUUCCAACUCCAAAAUGACUAUACUAACUUUUUAACUUUUUUCUUCCUCCCUUCAGACAUGUCAGGCCCUCUGACAUCCUUCCCUGCCUCAGUCUACUGCUUUCUCCUCAUUUUUGUGAUCUCAACAGUCUUCCACUUUCAACUUCGACUCUCGAAGUUGUCCAUAGUAUGUGAAGAGCCACCACUCCUUGAGACUCCAGCCCCUACAAAUUUCCACCAUGAUGGCUUCUGGACAGUGCUUUCUCAAGGCCGCCUAGGAAACCAGAUAGGUCAGUAUGCUGGCCUCUAUGCACUAGCAAAACUCAAUAGGUAUCAGGCCUAUAUCUCACCUCAGAUGCAUAAUUUCCUCGCUCCCUUGUUCCGCAUCACCCUUCCUGUUCUCCCAGACAGUGUGGCUAAGAACAUACCUUGGCAAAACUACCACGUACAUAACUGGAUGUCAGAGGAAUAUCGUCAUAUUCAUGGUGCCUAUGUCCGUCUUAUGGGUUACCCCAAUUCCUGGACUUUCCACCACCAUAUCAUAGAUGAGAUCCGCCGUGAAUUCACCUUGCAUGACCAUGUCCGAAAGGAAGCUCAGGCCUACCUCCACAGGAUACAGAAAAGCCCAGCCACCUUUGUGGGAGUCCAUGUCCGCCGAGGUGACUAUGUCCGUAUCAUGCCCCAGCGGAAGGGUGUCCUAGCACACAAAGGCUACUUGGAUCAAGCAAUGAAUUGGUUCAGAGCCCAUUACAAUAAUACCAUCUUUGUGGUCACCAGCAAUGGGAUGUCAUGGUGCCGGAAGAACAUUGACAACACCAAGGGAGAUGUGAUAUUUGCAGGGGAUGGAGUGGAGAGCACUCCAGGGAAGGAUUUUGCUCUGUUGAUCCAGUGCAAUCACACUAUCAUGACCAUUGGCAGCUUUGGUCUCUGGGCUGCCUACUUGACAGGUGGUAUGACAGUCUAUUUGGCCAACUACACUCUUCCAGACUCACCCGUGCUCUACUAUUUCAAACCUGAGGCUACCUUCCUGCCUGGAUGGGUAGGGUUCCCAGCUGACCUGUCACCCCUGCUAAAGCACUGAAUACUUCUUUUUUCAUGUCCUCAUUCCAGAUUCAGACUAUGGUCCAGAUUAGUAUACUGUGAAGGUGGGGCUUAGGAGAAAGCAGGGAAACAUCUCUCCUCUCCUGGCUAUCUACCCACAUCAAAGGAGAGAAGCCCCAACUUCAUGGGCUACUUUAUCCCACCCUCCACAGAAAAAUUCAGAAGUGGAUCCACACAAUGGAUUUAUUCAUAUAGAAUCAUAUUAUGGCAGUUCUGGAAGAAGAAGACUUUGGGAUUAUCUAGGAUGUACUUUUAAUUUAAUUAAAUUUAAAUCCUAGGUAGAUAGGGGCUGUUGGGAAAGGGGUGAAGCCAACCAGGUUCAAUGGGCCCUUGGAUUUUUAAAGA